AUGAGUACGGGUAACAAUCAAUUUUUGGAUAGCGUUUGUCAUCAUGGUGGUGCCGGUACAACAGCAGCUGGACUUCGUGCAGGCUUACCAACAAUCGUUGUUGCGUUUUUCGGUGAUCAAUUCUUUUGGGGCGAUAGGGUAGAACAAAUCGGCGCAGGUCCCGGUUGUUUAUCCGGUGAUAAUCUUAAUACGCGAGAUCUCGUUAAUGCCAUUCAAUUCAUCUCGAACCCAAAGGUGAAGGAAAAUGCUCAAAGGAUUGCCGCUCAGAUAGAAACAGAAAAUGGAUGUGCAGAUGCUCUACGUGCUUUCCACAAACAUUUGCCGUUGGAUCAAAUGCACAGUGAUUUGGAAUCCACAUAUGCUGCUUGCUGUCGUAUUCCAAAAUAUAACUUUAAAGUUUCUUGGCCAGUUGCUCAGGUCUUAUUGAAAGCACAAUUGAUCACUGAAGAUGAACUGAGUCCGUGA